AUGUCAAGAUUGUCGGAGGGAAGUUCUCAGGUGCGCUGUCCGCCAUUCCGAGACAGAGGGAAGACGGGAGGUCGUCGUCUCUGGCGUCGGAGAGGCCAAAAGGGAAAAGCAGCACAGGGUCUGCUCCGACAAUCAAAUGUGAAGAAAAAGGAGAAGGCUGAUCCGAGAGGGUCAAGGCAAGCAACAACAACACACGAUCUGGGGAGAUGCAAAGGAGGCUGCUGCCCUCCUGACCACUGUGUGCUUCAUCGAUUCAACCGACCCAAUUCUCUUAGCCAUCAUCAAUUUCUCCCAGACCAGAUCCAAGCUCUGCUUAAUGAUGCUUCUCAGAAGGAAGAAACUAAUGAAUCUGUUAGAAGAUGGCUGAAUGCUCUCCAAUAUUUGGCUUACGACAUAGACGAUGUUCUUGAUGAUCUGGCAACCGAAGAUAUAGAACUUAAGUUGACUGAGAAAUCUGGAUCCACCAUCAGCAAGGCAUUGGUUCAAAAAUUGUUGGGGGCUAAAGAUGAAUCGUCUAAUCAAAACAUUAGCAUCGUGCCCAUAGUUGGUAUGGGUGGGGUUGGUAAAACAACUUUAGCUCGACUUUUCAAAGUGAUUUAUCAAUCUGUGACCGGGGAAACCAAAGAAUUCACAGAUUUAAAUUUUCUUCAAGAAGCUCUUAAAGAGAAACUUAAGAACAAACUAUUUCUAAUAGUAUUAGAUGAUGUAUGGUCUGAAAGUUAUGAUGUCUGGGAUAAGUUAGUGUGCCCAUUUCUUGUGAGGGAUCCUGGAAGUAGAAGUAUCAUGACAACUCGGAAGGAACAGUUGCUUAGAAAAUUGGGUUACACACAUAUAGACCCACUGCCGAGUCUUUCACAUGAUGAUGCUAUGUGUGUAUUUUCUCAACAUGCAUUAGGUGUAGAUAACUUUGAUUCACAUCCAACACUUAAACCACAUGGUGAAGGGUUUGUGAAAAAAUGUGAUGGCUUGCCCUUAGCUUUAAGAUCACUUGGAAGUUGGAAGGUUACUAAGGACAAAAACAGAUGA